UGCGCAGUCGGUAGUCAAAUGUAAAAAACGUUUAACUAAUUUUAAACCCUGAUUCAUUCAAAACAAUAAACACAAUAACAAAAAUAAAAAAACAACUAAUAAUUGCACAAAACUAAGAAAAAUAACACCCCAAGUGUUUUCGAAAACCAACAAAAAAGACAAAGUGCAUUUAAUUGGAAACCAAGUGAAAUUAAUAUUGAAAAACAAAAAAUAUUUGUUCGUCAUCCAAAUACACAAACGAAAUCAAAAAAUCAAUAUAGUGAAGUUACAAAGAGAAUUGAAACAAAAGCCCAACUUGUAAAAUUUUUAGACAGACAAUAACGGACUUUCCAUUACAAAACUUGCAUCAUGACUGCGGCUCCCAGCACUAGAAAGAUUCCCUUGAAACAGGCAGAAAUAGCCGUAAGACGUUUCAAUGACAUGGCCAUACCCCAUCAUUUGGGCCUGUUGAGCAAUCAUCGCAGUAAUAUUGAGAAAAGUUUGGCCUUGGGCGAUUGGAAUAAAAUUAAAAAAGAAGAAAUAAAUGCCAUGCGGGUAAUAAAACAGGUGAAGAAUCUAUUGCUAGAAAUGGAUGCCCUCAGAGAUAAGGUCAGGGAUGAAGAUUUAGAAAGAUUUGAUGCCAUGAUGGAGAAAGGCAAACAGAAGGCCUUCGAGGGCAUGAAAGAAUAUUUGGAACUACAAUUAAAAUCUCCCACAAAUACCCUACGAUCCCAGGGACCCUGCGAGGAUGAUGACGUACAAGAACACCUAAACUCUCCCGUUGAAAUUGGACAAACACAGGCAUAUCAGGAAUUUUUACCUCACAUUAAAAGUGAUUUUCAAGCCGAUGAACAUUUACUAGCACAAAGAGAGUCCUGUUUAGAGGAACUACAAAAUUUGCAACAUGAAAUACGCGAUUUAAAUGGCAUGUUCCAUAAUAUGCGUGAAAUGACACAGGAACAAGCUGAAAGCGUACAAGCCAUAGCCGACAAUGCCGAAGAAGCAUUGGAAAAUGUACAAAUUGGUGAGAGUAAUCUACGUAAAGCUUUAAGCUAUAAAAAAGCCAUGUACCCGGUAAUGGGAGCAUUGCUGGGUACAUGUGUGGGUGGACCUAUUGGUCUGGUAGCAGGUCUCAAAGCUGGUGGCUUGGCUGCUGUAGGUUGUGGUAUUUUAGGUUUCACUGGCGGUUCUGUAUUAAAAUCCAAUCCCGCUAUAAUGCAAGGCAACAUAGAAGAAGAACAAAUACCCAACUGUGAUUCAAAUACUCAAGAGCAUAUAGAACUGAAUAAAAAGGAUGACUGACAAUUGAUGCCUGCUAAUGCAGCAAAUCAAUCAUUAACAGUAUGGGCUGCCUCCACCAGGCAGUUAAUGCAUGUAAGGGCUUCAGCUGCAGCUAGAUUGGAUCCAGUGGCUCAAGCCACUACCGGGGUGUUGUGCAGUGUUAAAUCAUAUUGUUCCAUACAAUAAAUUUUUAGAAUUAGAUGUUUGUUUUUAUAUAAACCGAAGAAGAAAAAAAAUCAAUUUCAUUGCAUUGUUAACUCGUUUUUAUAUGAAUUUUUAUUUAACUUUUAAAAGUUUGUCAUUUUAAGUAGAAGACCUUGAAUUUUUUACCUUUUUAUAAUUUAUAGCCUGAUUUUUAAGCAAAAACGAAAUUUUUAUAGCAAAUUAAAGUAAAUGUUUCGUUUUUGUUUUCAAAUCUGGUCCUUUUAAACAUUCUUCAUGUAGAUAUUAUUGUUAUAUUCACCCUUAUCGUGGUUGGCGUAAACGUCAUACGCCUACGACAGUUUCGUACUAGAUUAAAGAAACAGUUUGCAAAUUAUCUUUAAUCUAGUACGAAACAGUCGUAGGCGUAAGACGUUUACGCCAACCACGAUAAGGGCGAUUAAAAAACGUAUUAAAUGUUAAACAAAAAACAAAUAACAUUUUAGUUUAAGCAUUUGAAUGUAGAGCUUAAGCUUAAGAAUUUAAAAACAAACAAAUAAUGAAUUAUUGUUUAACCAAACGAAAAAUAAUGUAUUUCCUCUUAUAAAAUAAUUCAAAUAUAACUAAAUAAAUAAAUAAAUGUAUGUGUGUAUUUAAAUUAAUUUUAAGCAUUAAAUAAAAUGCCUUUGUUUUCUUAUAAAGAAUUUAUUACCAUAA